AUGGCGCUCGCCGCCUCCCACCACCGCCUCCUGCCCGUCGCCCCCGCACCCGCCACCCCUACCCCGUCGCGGGGGCACCUGCGCAUCCGCGCCGCACGCCCUCUGCCCCGGCCCGCCCGGAGAAUUUGUUGCCAAUCUAUCAACUCAGCUAAUGUAUUGGGAGCUUCUUCAACGACAUCUGAUGAGGCAGUCCCAGUCCCAGUUGUCCAGAUAGAUCAAGAUUCAGACCGUGAUGCAACCAUUGUGCAGCUAAGUUUUGGAGAUCGUUUGGGGGCACUACUUGACACGAUGAAAGCACUCAAGGACCUUGGCCUUGAUGUCACAAAAGGAAGUGUGACAACUGACUCAGCUGUCACACAGACAAAGUUCCACAUCAUGCGAUCUGGACGCAAGGUUGAGGACCCUGACAUGUUAGAAAGGAUUCGGCUAACCAUCAUCAACAACCUUCUCCAGUAUCAUCCUGAAUCAAGUGAGAAGUUAGCGAUGGGUGAAUUUUUUGGGAUAAAGCCGCCUGAGAAGAAGGUUGUUGUCGAUAUUGCAACACGUAUAGUUGUUGAAGAUGAUGGACCAAAAAGAAGCAUGCUUUACAUAGAGACAGCUGAUCGGCCUGGCCUACUUCUUGAGAUAGUCAAGAUCAUCACGGACACAAAUAUUGAUGUGGAAUCAGCUGAGAUUGAUACUGAAGGUCUGGUUGCGAAGGACAAGUUCCAUGUAAGUUACAGAGGUGCAAAACUAAACAGCUCCUUAUCUCAGGUCUACUUCCUUGACGCUGAUCAAUUGUCUGCGAUAUUACCUCCGAAGGCCUGA